AUCUUGGGCUCAGUUUCUUAACGUUCAAACUGACAAUGGCAUGGUCAGAGGAACAUAUUUAUAUAAGGGAAACGUAAGACACUCGAUUGCUUGGAAAGGCAUCCCUUAUGCCCAAGCAAAUAGAUUCGAACCAUCCACUCGAGCUCGAAGAUGGAACUCACCUUUAGAUGCAACGAACUUCGGACCUUCCUGCCAACAAGAUGUCAAAGAAUCCUACUAUGGAUCCGUUUAUUGGAACAAACUUCAAAGCAUGAGCGAAAAUUGUUUGAACUUGAACAUCUACAAACCGAUUUCAAGUUCAAGAGAUCUUCCUGUUACUGUUUGGAUUCAUGGAGGAGAUUUCCAAUAUGGAAGUUCAGCCUUAAAUACUUUCGAUCUAAGUGAAUUUGCUGCAGCUACAAAAACAAUUGCUGUUUCGUUCAAUUACCGAUUAGACAUCUUUGGUUUCUUGAAAACGGGAUUUAUUGUCAAGGGAAAUCUUGGGCUUUUAGAUCAACAAAGAGCUAUCAAGUGGGUUAGUAAAAACAUUCAUAGAUUCGGAGGAGAUCCAAAUAGAAUUACCUUAGCUGGCGAAGGAGCUGGAGGAAUGUCAGUAAGUUUUCAUUUGUUGUCUCCAAAAAGCUCAAAGUAUUUUCAACAAGCGAUCAUUUUGAAUGGAGAUCCCAUCAACAAAUGGCAUUUCGAUUCAGCCCAAGAAGCUCUUGAAAAGUCGAAGCAUUUUGCUGAGAUCUUAGAAUGUCCUGAUGAGUUUGAAGAAUCUUAUGUCACCUGUUUGAAAGGCAAAUCAGUGAAAAAUAUAAUGGAUGUCGUGCCAGAAACGCUCGUUGAUACCUUUGAUCGAAUUCCAUUCGCUCCAACAGUUGAUUCGGAGUUUUUCAGCGACAAUCCACGAAAGUUGCUGACAAAAGCGAAACACUUAAACGGAGUAAGAGUAAUUGUUGGUAUGAACGGUAAUGCGGGUUCAUUAGCAUCUCGUGAAUUCCUUCCCAUGUCUGACAAAAAUACCAUGGAUGAAGAUACUUUUCGAUUUUCCGUUGAAAUGGCUCUUACCCCUUUCUCUGAAGAGCUACAAGAAAAAGCAAUUGACUUUUACAUUGAAAACGAUCAAAAAGGCACAGAUAAUUUUGUAAAAACCUUCAACAACUUGGCUGGCGAUUUGAAAUAUGGUUGCUCAUCCCAAGAAUUUGUCGAUAUCUUGCACGCAAAAGGAGCCGAAGUACAAAAAUUAUUUUUUAAUCAUCGUUCGCAGUACAGCAAAUGGCCUCAAUGGGCAGGCGUCGUACAACAAGACGAACUCAUGUAUAUUCUUGGCGAACCCUUUCGACAAAAUCCCGUUAUAAAUUUCACGGAAAGAGAAAGGCAAUUGAGCAAGACACUAAUGGCGAUGUUUGGUAAAUUCGUUAAGGAAGAACCGAUGAAAAAAUGGCCAAAAUAUGCCAAAAAUAAGGUAGCUUUGAGGGUUCAAGAUGGCGAAUUGAAAACAAUUGCAAACCACUUUUACCGCAAAAAGUUUUGUGAUUUCUGGAAAGCUAAUGAAAAUUAAUUUGACGUCACUAUGAAGAAAAAAAAAAUGCUUGAGUGACAUUCAUUGAAUGAGCAUAAAUUUUUAUUGGAAAGCGAAAAAUGCUAAUAAAACAAAACGGUUCGAUAAAAUUAUUUUAAUUACUCACGUACAU